AUGCUUGCGCACGGCACUGGCCAAAAGCCUCAUGCCAUCUUUAUUCCCUACCCACUCCAAGGCCAUGUAAUUCCAUCAGUCAAUCUUGCCUUGAAGCUUGCAUCAAAAGGAUUCAUCGUCACUUUUGUCAACACCCAAUCCAUCCAUCACAAGAUCUCCAAAGCCCAGCCAGGGAGUGGCGGAGACAUCUUCGCCGAUGCCCGGAAAUCCGGUAUCGACAUCCGCUACGAGACCGUCUGUGAUGGACUGCCCAUUGACUUCGACCGGUCACUCAACCACGACCAGUUCAUGGCCUCCCUCCUACACGUAUUCUCUGCCCAUGUCGAGGAACUCAUCAGAAGGAUUGUUCAGCAGGCCAGCCCUCCACUCACCUGUCUGAUCGCUGACACAUUCUUCGUGUGGCCAUCAAUAUUGGCAAAGAAGUUCGGCCUUGUUUAUGUUUCCUUCUGGACAGAAGCCGCCUUGGUCUACGCUCUGUACUACCACGUCGACCUUCUACGGCUGAAUGGCCAUUUUGGUUGUAUUGACAAACGUGAGGACACCAUAGAUUACAUUCCAGGCGUGUCAAGCUUAGAACCGACGGAUCUCAUGUCAUACCUUCAAGACACGGAUACGUCGACGGUGGUGCACCAGCUGAUAUUCAAGGCAUUCCAGGAUGACAAGGGAGCGGAUUUCGUGAUAUGCAACACGAUACAGGAGCUCGAACCAGAGACAAUCUCGGCUCUGCAGCUGGAGAAGCCAUUCUUUGCUAUAGGACCAAUCUUCUCAUCCGGUUUCACCAAGAGCAUGGUCGCCACCAGCCUGUGGGCGGAGUCCGACUGUGCCCAGUGGCUUGACACCAAGCCUCAUGAGUCUGUCUUGUACGUCUCGUUUGGCAGUUAUGCUCAUAUCGGUAAACAGGAGAUUGAAGAGAUAGCACAUGGAAUUUUGCUCAGUGGAGUUUAUUUUGUUUGGGUGGUUCGACCAGAUAUCGUAAGCUCGGAGGACACCGAUCCUCUUCCUGAAGGGUUUAGAGAGGAGAUGGGGAAUAGAGGGUUGAUCGUGCCUUGGUGCAACCAGAAUUCAGUGCUGAAGCAUCCUGCAAUCGGAGGGUUCUUGACCCACUGCGGCUGGAAUUCAACAUUAGAGAGCAUCUGGUGUGAAGUUCCAAUGUUGUGCUUCCCUCUGUUGACCGAUCAAUUCACCAACCGGAAAUUAGCGGUUGAUGAUUGGAGGGUCGGGCUGAAUUUCAAAAGUAAAUUGGGUAUUAAUCAGAAAGAAGUCGCAGACAAAAUCAAAACUCUGAUGAAUGGAAAUGCUGAGUGUCGGAAGGAGAUAAAGAAUGUGAAGAAGGCACUGGAAAAUGCAUCGGGGCCUGACGGAUCAUCUGAGAAAAAUUUUGACCAGUUCAUUAAGGAUCUGACACUAAGAAUUCAGAAGAAGGAACUUAGUACAUGA